AUGUCUUAUGUCCCUACUUUGAAAGCCCUCGUGAAGAAACUUGAGACUCAUACCCGAGCAAGGGGUAAUCCCAAGGAAGUCCUUGCUAUUCUUGACACUUUAGUUCAAGAGAAUGGAGGCAUGAUGAACAUAGGUCCUGAAAAAGGAAACAUAAUCAAAGAAAUUCUCCGGAAAAACCCUCCUAAAACCAUGAUAGAGCUUGGAUGUUUCUUUGGGUACUCUGCUGUGAUGUUUGCUGGCGAAUUGCAAAAGGUGGAUGGUGCCAAGUACACCAGUUUUGAAUUGAGUGAGGAUUUUGCAGCCAUUUCUCGUCGUGUGGUAGACUUUGCUGGAUUGUCUAACAAGGUGGACAUUGUGGUGGGACCUGCCUCCAAAACACUUCCUGAAUUUUGGGAAAGGCUGAAAAGACAGGUGGACUUUGCUUUCAUCGACCACGAAAAGAGGGCCUAUGUGCCCGAUUUGCAGAUCAUGGAAUCACUCGGACUUGUAGCUCCAGGAACCAUUCUUGUUGCAGACAAUGUCAUUCGCCCAGGGGCUCCGGAGUACAUCAAGUACGUCGAGGCUUCUACCGAUGAGCGUAAAAAGUUGUUGAAUGUGGGCUCUCAGUACCCUGGAAAAUGGAACCUACUUUACGACUCCAACCAGAUAAAGGUUCUGCUGGGCUUCGGUGUAGAUGCUUUGGAGGUUUCUAAGUGCGUGGGAGUCGCCGAAGAGUAA